AUGAGCACUAGCCAUCAAAUUCACCCAAAUGGGGCUGCAAAGGCAUCGUUUUCUGGCUUAAAGGAACCACAGACAGUAGAUGCUCGUGCAAGACUUCUCAACCAAAGUCUCUAUCGAAUCAUGACUAAAAAACACGGCUUGAAAAUGUCUGCCGACACUACAAAGUAUCUGGCACAAGUUUUUGCUGACUUUGUAUCGGCUGGAAACGACGAUUGCAAUGACGCCAAACCAAGAAUUGAUUUAACGACCUUGACGGAAAGUUUAGAUUACAUUGCUCAGCAUUAUGUACAACAACAAGGCGGAACAGCAAAAGCAGUAGAUCAUGAAUCGAUGCAGAAUGUAGUGAAUGGAAUAUUUCUUAAAGGGAGUAUCGGCAGUCGAGAUGCUAGACAAAAACAGCCUGCCAGUAACUCAAGUGCUAUUGAAUUUAAAGGCAAUGUGGAGGAUCAAGGCAUGAAUCGCUAUGAAAAUGUACUUUACGAUCCAUCCAACGAAGCGGAUGAGAUAGAGCCAACUACCAACAUUCAAGAAAUUAGUCAAUGUAUAAGCAUCAUUGAUGCCUAUCAAGUUCCACACAAUCAAUACUGGGCCGAUAAAAACACGUUUAUCAGUGUCACGUCAAAAGAAACACCCGUUGCAUCUGCAGAUUCUCGGACAGCACUGUUUCGUGAUAGGUUUGACUUGCUUAAACAAAGACUAUUGCGCAACGAAGCGUUUCGUGUUCCUACAUUUACUGCUGAUGACUCUUCCUAUUUUCAAAUCACUCCUAUUAUUCAUCUUAAAGGGAAAAAACCUGGAAGAUAUCUACUUUUCGGAAUGCUUACAAGUAUUCAAGAUGGAAACUACCACUUGGAGGAUACAGAUGCAUUUAUUCAGCUGGAGUUUCAAAAAAUUAUGCAGCAAGGUCCUGGAAUGAUUACUCGUAAUUGUUUUAUGCUUAUUCAAGGGGACUACACUGACCAAGGGACAUUCAAAGUAGAUGUUAUUGGGCAUCCUUUACCCGAGCGUCGUGAAGACUCGAUAUCGGCUUUUGGAAACAAUGUAGACUUUUUUGGUGGUGCUCGGUUUUCUGAUGAACAGCAUGUUUUGGAAAAAAUUGAAUUGGAUGCAGUCGAUAUAUCGAUGGUGUUUAUCUCAGAUGUAUGGCUUGAUCAAACGAGGGUUUUGGAUAAACUGAGAAUACUUUUGAAGGGGUUUUCGGAUGCAGUUGUUCCUCUGGUAUUUGUUUUUUCUGGAAAUUUCUCUUCUACACCUUAUAUUUAUAACGGCAGUGAAAGCAAACGGUACAAAGCAGAAGGAUUCGAUAAUUUGGCCGAUCUUAUUUCCGAGUUUCCUUUGAUUGCAGAGCAAGCUCAUUUUGUAUUUGUUCCUGGGCCACACGAUCCUUGGGCACCAAAUAUUCUUCCACGUGCACCCAUUCCAAAAUCGCUCACUGAAAAGAUUCGACAAAAAGUAGUGCACACUUAUUUUACCACUUCACCUUGCAGAAUUAAAUAUUGUACACAGGAGAUUGUUAUUUUUCGCGAUGACCUAGUCAACACCAUGCGUAGACAUUGUAUUCUUCCAGUCUCUGAAAAUCAUGAUUCUCCACUUGAAGGCCACCUUGUAUCAACACUGUUGGAUCAAAGCCAUCUAGUACCGCUACCCAUAGAUUUAAAGCCUAGAUACUGGGACUAUGAUCACGCAUUACGAUUGUAUCCACAACCACAUCUGCUCAUUCUUGCAGACAAGUACGAUCCGUAUCAGCAAGAGUAUGAAGGCACACUUUGUGCAAAUCCAGGAUCAUUUCCAAACACUGGGUAUCAGUUUUUAAUGUAUCAUCCAUCUUCUCGCAAAUGCGAACCAAGGCAAUCGAAUUGGAUAAUAUCCAACAUAUUUAUGGUUCAAGGAUUUUCAAACAUUGUCCAUAUACACACAGUUGCCUUGAUUCAAUCUUCAAUGCUUUAA